GUUUGCUCCUCCCUCCUGGAGAGAUGCGCCAUAAAGUCUUCUACUCUGUCUUAUUACAACACCACCUUCUGCCAGGAGACUAUCAACUUGAUUGCUGUGGUUCAUCCCAGUUCCAGGCUGCUUCUUUAAAAAGUUUAAGAAACAAAUAAUGGUGAUAUAAAGCCUGUGUUGCUUUGUGAAAGUAUGGCUUUGUUACUCAUAAACAUCAGCAACAUCAGUGCGGACGGUGCACUGUCCGAAGAUGAGCCUCGGGAUGAGCACUUGGCUCAGGUGGAAAUAGUUCUCCUGUCCAUCAUCUUCAUCACUGCGGGGAUCCUGAACUUCGGACUCUUGUUGGUGCUGUGGAAGCGGAGGAAGCAGCUCUCCAGGAUGCGCGUGUUCGUUUUCCACCUGUGCGUCGCAGACCUGGUGGUCACAUUCUUCCAGAUUUGUCCGCAGCUCAUAUGGGACAUCACGGACAGAUUCGUCGGUCCAGAUGUGUUAUGUCGCGCAGUGAAGUACCUGCAGGUGGUCGGGAUGUUUGCGUCCACUUACAUGAUCGUGGUGAUGACGAUAGACCGCUACCAAGCCAUCUGCAAACCGAUGGUGACUUUCCAAAAGCGCAGGGCGCGCUGGAACGGUCCGGUGUGCGCCGCCUGGUGCGUCUCUCUCAUCGGCAGCCUCCCGCAGGUUUUCAUCUUCUCUCGGGUCGAGGUGGCUCCGGGUGUGUACGACUGCUGGGCGCAGUUCAUCAAGCCGUGGGGACUGAGAGCCUACGUGACCUGGACGACACUGGUGAUAUUUGUGGUGCCCGUUCUCACGGUGGUCGCGUGCCAGGUACGCAUUUGCCGCACCGUGCACCUGAACUUCCACACGAAGACGCACAACGGCGGAGAGGCGUACAGCAAGCCGCUAUCUACGCGGGCCAGCAGUGUGGCAGGAGUGUCCAAGGCCAGGGCGAAAACGGUGAAGAUGACCGUGGUCAUUGUCCUCGCGUACAUCAUCUGCUGGGCGCCUUUCUUCACUGUGCAGCUCUGGUCUGUCUGGGAUCUCGAGGCGCCAACUCAGACUGCGACCUUCACCAUCCUGAUGCUGUUGGCCAGCCUGAACAGCUGUGCCAACCCCUGUAUUUACCUGCUGUUCAGUGGGAAGCUGCCCAAGAGACUGGUGGCCCUAAUGUGCAUGAGUGAGCCUGAGCUGAAGGAUUCCAUUCAGGAGGAGACCACCAUGGUCAGCUCCCUGUACAUCAGCCUCAAAAGCCUCUCAGUCAGCAGAUAAAAAAAGCACCAAUGCCUCCACAUGCAUGUAGGUGAGACAAAGUCUUAUUGACAUCAGUGUGAGGACAAACAUCUGAAUGGUCCCCAGUCCCUGUGGCUGCAGUUUAUAGUAGAGAGAACAUUCAUUCAAAGAUGAGACCAGUCAAUGUAGAAAGACAAUGUUGAGUGCCAGCCACAGAAAUCAUUAUUGAAGUAACUGUGGGCUGGUUUCCAUCAGCCCAUCAGCCAUGUGCUUUCUAUUAAAAAAAAUAAGUAAAUGGAAAAUUGCAAUUUAAACAGGCUCCAGCAACAUCAGUCUGGCUUCCACUUUUCACUGUGCUGGAAAACAGUAGGAAACAGCGGACAAGGGGAGGAACGUGUGGACUGAUGAGGAAACCACAGCGUUUCUUGACUUGGUACAAGAAGCAAAUAUUACUACAAUAAGCGAUGGGAAGCUGCAACAAAACGUGCGCCAGUACCAGCAGCUACUGACCCUCUUUAUUUACCUCAAGCUGCGCCUCCUUAUCCUUUCAUUUUGACCCACACUUCUGCUUAUUUUGGGGAACCAACUGCCAAUAUGGAAACACACUUUUCUUCAAUCACCGCUUUGAACAUUCAGUGAAAAAUUGAAAAAACCAGGUUCAUAUAAUAAUAACAACAAUAAUAAUACAAGAAAUGUUCUCACCUUAUUUCCAGUGGUGGUGCAGCUUAGCAGAUGCUUUUUUGCUCCACUGGUGCAUCACCGAGGACCAGGACUAUGUUGACCCCUUGACUUUUCCUCUAUCCCCCACUAUCACUUUGACAUUUGUGGUAUUGACUGGUAUUAAUUUAAAUAUAUAGAACCACCUGUUAUUUCAUUGGGCUCUGACAUAUGGACUGAGAGGAUUAUAUUUGUUUGUUUGAUUGCUUGUUGUUGUUGUGUGGGUUAUUGAUUAAUUAAUCUAUUAAUCCAUAAUAACAUUUCAGCAUAAUCGAUAAAUCGAGGGAUCUGAGGGACACUUCUGCGCCUCCUCUCUACUCUGUUUACAGCCUCACAACAAAAUGUGCAGCCUUACACACGGGAGGCUUUGACCAAACAGAUUGCAAGGCUGGUCAGGGAGAAACAGGAAACUGACCAAUCAGAGAGAGUGCGAGAAAGAGCAGGUGCUGUUACUGACUCUUCCACUACCUGCAUCUACCUCCCCUCUGGUUCUGGACUAUAGUGCCAACAACUUUCUACCAUGCAAAGAAACCUUAAAAUAAACAAUAAGACAAUAAGAGUGGACAUCAACAAAAAGUUUCAUCGAUGGAUCAUCUGUCGUGUGUGAGGCAAAUGCAUCUGUCUGAUGGAACGAACUCAGGACAGCGAACCACCAUCCCAAAACACAAGAGGUUUAACUGUGGCCACACUUCACACUUCAUGCUCUGUUUAUUGCUCAUUAUGAAAUGUUAGUGCUAAGAUGGUGAACAUGGGACCCCUAAAAAUCUGCAUUUUACUACUGUACAUUUUGACUUUAAGCACAAAGCAUUAUAUGUAUAUGGCACAAAUACUGAGCAUAACAUUGGGCCUUCAGUCAGUUCUGCAUAUUGUUAAGAACAAUCAUACCAGGGACACAUCAUUUGUUUAAAGAAAUGCUACUCUUACUGCCACUGCAUGUGACAAAUGUAAAUGUCGUCAUCCUCUUAUAUGUAUGUAUUAGUGUAUACUGUGUGUGGGUCUAUGUGUGUGUGCAAUUAUUUAUGUGUGUCAGAUGUCUUUUGAAUGUGAUUAUUUGAUAUGCCAUGCUUCUUAUCUGUAUGUAUGACAGUGACAGAUUGUGGAUUGGAAUGUUCCAUUAUGAAACAACAGGUGGGUCUCUGUCUAUUAUGUAUCUCCACAUGUGUCGCAAUCAUUUUUUACAUACAUUUUUGAAAUAUUAAUUUCUCGGUCUCUGAAAUGUGUUCGCCAAAUAAACG